AAAAUAUCAACAUCGAAUACUUCUUAACUGAUGUCCUGGGGUGAAGAAGAAGAUCAAGAUGAUUUCAAUGCAAUUCAAGCUGAUCAAGAUGGUGGAGAUGAUGAUGAAAACGCAAUGUCUGUCUCAUCAGCAACUGGAUCGGAUAACAAUAACUCAUCAGGAAAUCAAAAUGAGGAUCAAGAUGAUGAUGAUCAAGAGAAUGCUGAUGGAGAUGAUGACGAUGACGAGGAUGAUGAUGACGAUGACGAUCAAGAAAACGAUGGAAGAGAUGAUGAUGAUGGCCAAGAGAACGAUGAUGAAGACGACGAUGAUGACGAUGAAGAUGAUGAAGAAGGUGGUGAGGGAGAAAACGACGACGAUGACGACGACGAAGAGGAUGAGGAUGAACAAGAACAAGAAGAGAAUCGAUCUAACUCCACCGAUCAAGAUGAUGCUCAACAUCAAAUGGUCAUCGACUCACAAUCUCCAUCAACUCAACAACACCUUCAAGCUUCUCAAAGCUUCAAUACCUCAGGACAAGAUCUAUCACUUCAAUCAUCUUCUCAAUCCCAUCAUCAAUCUUCCUCUACUUCUCUUGAUAUCGAUCCAUCUCAAACCUUUCAUCAAAUCCAACCUUUUGCCGAUUCUUACACUGAUCGAGUCGCUCGUCGACGUCAAAUUGUAACGGCUCCUAGGAAAUUGUUAAAACCACCUGUCAUCGAUCCUUUGGUUUUUAUCCCUCACGGUUGUCCUGUUCAUGCACUUGCUUUACCUCCAUGUGGAUCUCAUCUCUUCUCAGGUGGUCAAGAUGGUUUUAUUCGAAGGAUCGCUAUAUACGAAUCUGUGACUGGUUCGAUGACUGAAAAUUUAACCAUGAGACAAGGUGGACAUGUACCAUUGAUCGAGAAAGAGGGUGAUAAAACUACUAUAUUUCUUACUGGGUAUUGGGAGAAUGAGGAUAACGAACGUGCAGUUCAAUCCAUUCACAAGGUUGGAAAUGAUAAUUCUAGAUCCGCGAAUCGAUGGGGACCUAAGAGCGUAGGAAAUGCUUCAAAAGUCAGUCCGGUCUAUAGUCUAGCCGUUCAAAGCGAAGAACUUUGGGGAUUGAGUGGAACAGAGUCAGGUAAUAUCAAUCUCUUCACGAUUCGACAUGACGAAGGACAAAUUCGACACGUGUUCAAGGGUAUUUCCGGUCAUAGACUUGGUUCAGUGGUUUCGGCUCUUGAGCUUAAUCAUGAUCAAAACAUUGCAUUUAGUGGAGGAUGGGAUGGGAAUGUGUUGGGAUGGGAUCUCAACACAGGUCAAGUUGUCAAUCGAUUCAUAGCUCAUGCUUCUCAAAUCUCAACUGUCACCAUGAGGCCAGAUCAUUCUAGUACGAUAUAUGAUUCCAAGAAUUUCGAUGAAGCAUUAGUCGAGGAAGAUGGGAAUGAUGAUGACUCUCUCUUUGCUGGCUCUGGCUCAGAUGGUUUACCAGAUUCAUCACCGGCACCUGUACCAGAUCCAGUACCUACCCGACCUCGUACACAAGUUCCAUCAGUGACUGAUUCAUCAUUACCAUUAUUAAAUGAAGAUGUACUAUUAACGAGUGGAAUAGAUGGACAAGUAUAUUUAUGGGAUCGAAGGAUCCAACCUGUGAAUGGAAAAGGAUUAGUACGAAAACUAGAUUUACCCAAACAUACUGCACCAUGGACUUCAUCUGUGACAUGGUCAAUCGAUGGACGAUCGAUUUAUGUAGGUAGAAGACAUCAUUCGAUAGAUGUUUAUGAUCUAAGGUUUAAUAAGACAGUACAAAGAACCAUUAGAUUACCUAGUUCGUCUGGACCGAUUAGUUGUGUGAAGAUGUGGCCAGAUGGAAAUUCAUUGGUUUGUGCUUCGUUUGAUAAUGUUAGAUUAUGGAAUUUGAAAUCAGAAGCCAAUGGUGCUAAGAUCCCAUUUCGAAUCAUUCCUGGUAACUCUAGUGGAGUAGUUUCAAGUAUGAGUAUUACUCCUUCACAAAGAUAUUUAAUUACUGCAUCGGGUGAUAGAGGAUGGGAAAAUACAAGUAAUGAAUGUGUUGUGAUUCAUGAAGUUAGAGCCACCUAAGAAAACCAAAUGCAAAGCAAAACGAAACGAAACGAAGAAAAAAGUUAUCAAAUAUAUCAAAAAAAAAAAUCCUGAUCGAAUGGGAUCAUUUUUCAAAAAAAAUUGUAUAUAAAUACGUUAUGUACUUUGUUUUAAAUUAAAAUGGAACUUACAAUAAUUAGAGU